AUGCCAAAAAUACAAAGGCUUGCUGAUCAUGCCAGCAAGAGAAUCAAGACACAACAGUAUGUGGCAGAUCAUUAUGUGGUUGCAAAAGAGCUGAUAGAAAAUUCGAUAGAUUCAGGUGCAACACGCAUCAAAAUAACAUUUGAUGAUUGCAUAACUGUCGAGGACAACGGAUGCGGCAUCGAAGACCUGGAUGCAAUUGCAGUUGAAGGCUCUACAUCCAAGGAGUCAAUGUCCUACUAUGUGCUUGGAUGUGUGCAAACAACAGCAAGGUUCUUCUAUGGAUUCAGAGGACAGGCGCUAUGGUCGAUCGCAAGCAUGAGUGACCUGGAGGUCACAUCGAGGUCAACAAAACCGUUUGCCAUUUGCAAAUGCUUCAGCACCAACACGACGUCCAGAUGUGCAAGAGAGCGAGGAACAACUGUGGAGGUCAAGAACCUGUUCAAGAACAAUCCUGUAAGAAGGCUGUCGAGCCGAAGCAGCAUCCGUACAUAUCUUGGCAGGAUAUGCAGUCUUCUCGAGCAUUACAGCUGUGUAAAUGAUGUGGAGUUUAUUCUGUUCCAUGACAGAAAGGUGCUGAUGAGCCUGAAGGGAUGCGGAGUGCCUCGUAAGUACUUUGAAUUGCAGUAUGCGCAGUAUGCAGGGCAGUAUAUGGAGAUAUACACAGGUGUGUUUGAUCUGAUUAUGCUUCCUGUGGCAGCCAAGAAUCCUAAACAGAUGAUUUUCUUGGAAAAGAGGCCAAUUGAAAGCAAGAGGAUCCUGAAUGCAAUAAGGAAGGAGUUUGGAAUGUAUUUUGAUGGAAGACCAGCGUUUGUGCUGGUGAUUAAGUGUUCUGGAGAUGUAAAUGUGGCUGUUGACAAGAGCGAAGUGAUUCUUGAUGAUGAAGAGGGAAUUAUAAGUCUUCUACGAUCAGAGAUCGGCAGGUUUUUUUCGGCAUCGAUUGUUGUUGUGCCUGGAAAGGCUGUUGCAAGCAGCACUGAUGGAAGUAUUCCAGGCAAAUGCAUGCCAAGAGAUUUGGAAGAGGUAAGCAGGCAAAUCAGGUCAAGAAGUGAUGUUUCUAGUGAGUGUGAGGCCUCAGGUAAAGAACAUAUGCCUUCAAUAAUAAAAGAACCUAGCACGGCAGAGAAUGCCUGUAAUUCAUCAGAAAUAGAUCAGGCUGGUAAUCGAAGCAAUAAAAAAGUCGAAACUGACGACUUGGAGUUCAUGAUUCUACCGGAGACUGCCAUAUAUUCAUAUCAGGAUGAUGCAUGCGCAGAUGCGAAUAAUGCACACAGAAUGAGUGUUCUUGACAAGCACACACAUGUGAAUAAGUCUGAAAAGCAUAACACUCGGGAUAUUCCAGAGCAUAUCGCAGGUAGUGCAAGAGGCUUUAGCAGUGACCUGGGCAUUAAUGCAUACGAAAGCGAAAAGCCUACAGCAGGCGCAUAUAUGUUUUUCAAGCACGAUGAGGCAGUGCAGCCAAGACUGUGCUUUUCAAAAGAAGACUUUGGGAAGUUAGAGGUCAUAGGGCAGUUCAACCACGGGUUUAUCAUUGCAAAGCUAGACAAAACCGAUAAGACAUAUCUUGUUGCAGUGGAUCAGCAUGCAGCAGAUGAAAUUAGCAACUACGAAAGAAUAAAGACAUCUUUUACUCUGAAGACACAGAAGCUGCUUGUUCCUAUUGAUCUGCAUCUCAAUGCAUUGGAUCAGAUCAUUGUGAACGAAAACCUGGACAUUCUUGCAAAGAAUGGAUUCAUCAUAGGCGACGGGGCAUUACAAGCAGCUCCAGCAUAUAAGAACGAGGUGUUUGGUGUUGAUGAGUUUUUUAGGUUUAUUGAGGACAUAAAAGAUGGGGAGAAUGAGUUCUGGAAGAUUCAGGAAAUAGUUGCAUCAAAGUCAUGCAGAACAAGCAUAAUGAUAGGCGACACACUCUCGGCAAGUGAUAUGAAGAGGGUUGUGAACAAUCUUGCAUACUUGGAAAGGCCAUGGAAAUGUCCGCAUGGAAGACCAACGUUUAUGAUCCUCAAUGAGUGCUUGGAGACGUGA